GUGAUGAAUUCCAAUUCUCUAUCACGAUUCACAUCAAUCGUGAGAACGACAUCGAUCCGCGGAUUUCAUGAUCGAAGCUCAGUGCCACGGGUCGUCGAUGAUCGCGAAAAGUCUUCAGCAAAAUAUAAUGAUGCCGGUUACACGUUCCGUUAUCACCAACAAGGCGUAGAUCCGCUACCUCGUAUUCCUGAUUGUAAAGUCCCAGUAGCACGUCCAGCAUACAAAGUUCGUGAUCAAUGGAGUGACGAAGCUGCUCGCUUCGGUCAAAACGACUAUAUUGAUCUUCUCGGUGAUGGAUCAGUUCAUCCUGCACAACUUCAAUAUCACACGCCAACUUGGCUUCGUGGAUUCCCAGGACAACAUAAAGCAAAUGAGCUCAUCAAACUUAUUCACUAUCGAAAUCUGUAUGAUGCUAAAUUGAAACAAAAUUCACCGAAAAGAUGGCACGAGCUAAGAAAGAGAAUCAAGUAUUUAAUGAUGCAGCACAAUUAUAACAAACAGGAUGAGAUCGGUCGAGAACGCAACUUGGGAUUAUGGGAAGAGGAGCCCGACUACACUUACAAGGACAAAUCACGAAGAUCAUUCAAAGAUGAAAUCCAUUAGAUUUAUAUUGCUUGUUUUUAGCUGUUGUAGAAUUAUUUUUGUUGUUACUAUCUGAAUUUUUAAUAUUAAUUUUCGAAUCUUAGGGAACAUCGAGAUCAUUCGUGGCAUAUCAUAAAGUUUAAGCUUCC